UUAGCGUUCCGGUGGGGAGCCUGGUCUUUCUUCACGAAGUCACCAAGAUCCAUGCUUCUCAAAGACUUGCCAAGACGUCGUUGUCCUAGUCGUGUCCGAAGGUUCUGCACCGCGAUACCAGCACUUAGCUCGUACACGAUGCGCUUUACAAUACCUUCGUAGCCCAGUGCCACUUAUUCAUCAGACACUUGCGAAGUCAGAGUUGCGACUGAGAUUAGGCGCAACGUUGGAGACCGGCACUGAGGAGCUCUGUUUUCGGAGGCUGGCAUAUUGAGAGGUCACUUGUCUUCGCUAGGGACUGUGCACUCCGUCAUUAGCGGGCUCUUCCCCUUAUCGUUGUCAACACGUCCCUACUGAUCCCGUACAGAAAGGGACACUAUACCAUGGGAAUACUUGCACGACGUUACCAAAUGACAGAGGGAAUGCAUCCUAGCCUACGCUCUGCAUUAUGUUUGCAGUCGAUUUGAUCCUCAGUGGAACCUCCCCCUACCUGAACAUGUGUACCGAUCGGCUAGUGACGGAGUUGUCGCGUCCCCGUAAAGAUAGUAUCUUUCCUUUGGAUCUAUCAACGGAGCCUGCGGCCGUAUCAGGCAACAAAUCGCGCCUCAGGAGUGGAGGGCCCUGCAGCGUACGAUGCCGCGACAAUCUUUGGGCGGAAGGGCAGACAUUCUGGUCCGUUCUUCGCAGAUGUAGCCGCAGGAGGACAGUGCCUGAUCGUAUUUCUCCCCUGGUCAGUUGGCCAUGCGGAUAUUUUGCCCGCCGCAGGUACUAUCGGACUUCUACGACUGGUACAAAGUCAAAUGCAAAUGGCCCUAAUCCAGCCAUGCCGUCGACAUAUCCUUUCGCUCAUAUAACGACACUCCUUGUGUUGCAAGGCCGUCAUGCCAUACCUCCCGAAAACAAGGAAAGACGCAAUGGGGAUAGAUACCCCCAUGUCUCGACCUCGCGGCGUCUUCAAUCACAGGCGGUGGGGCCUUGUAACACCAACGCUGGUCUCACCAACAUGGGGGUUACGUCAGCUAAGGCAUUGAUAGGACAGCGCCAUGAAGUAUCCCCUUCAAUACACAACCUCUCAAGUCUUCCUCUUCAAACAUUCAUGUAUACGAACCAAUGGUCGGACUAGCUCUUAUUCGUCAGUCAACGAUUCACCAGCCGUCGGAAUCGACACGAACUCUCCAGUCCUUCUCGUCGAAACAUUCAGGUGUUAGAUCAUAAACCGAUGUUUCAACUCAUGUUUCCCCUUCGGUCAACGAUUCACUGGUCGUCGGAAUCUUGUUGACAUCUCGGGACGGU